AAGGUUGUCUUUCGUUAUGGUAAAUUCUAAUUUAUAUGAUUAUGCAAAUCCAUGCAUACUUCUGUCUUCAGAUUACAAUGUCAGCCUUCCCAGCUCCAACCAAUCAAGCGAAAGAUGUGCCCUCCAAUGCAGUGUGAAGCAUCAAGAGGUCUACUCAUUGGCAACAUGACUUCUUUAAGCACCUGCAAUCGCUCAACUUGUGCCUACGCUGGCUAUAACAACCAAACCAUCUUCACAUCCCUUACUGUGGAGUCUACAUGUUCACCAGGCAAAUGGAAGCUUAAACUAAUUAUAGGAUUGGCAGUAUCUGCAGCCACCACUUCAGCAAUCAUUUUCAUAGUGCUGCUCUUCACGCUCAAAACAAAACUAUUAACAAAUUUGAAGUCUCUAAACUUCCAUCUAACAAUCAAGAACGAUGAAAGGGUUGAGGCAUUCUUUCUUAAGUAUGGUUCGCUUGCUCCCAAGAAAUUUUCCUAUUCAGACAUCAGGAAAAUAACCAAAUCAUUCAAUGAUAAAUUAGGUCACGGAGGAUAUGGCAGUGUAUAUAAAGGAGAAUUACCUGAUGGCAGUAUUGUGGCAGUGAAAGUACUCAGCAAAUCCAUAGGGGAUGGACAGGAUUUCAUCAAUGAAGUUGCCAGCAUUAGUAGAACCUCCCAUGUCAAUAUUGUUACCCUAUUGGGGUUCUGUUAUGAGAGGUCAAAAAGAGCUUUGAUUUAUGAAUUCAUGCCCAAUGGAUCCCUAGAUAAGUUCAUUUAUAAUCAAGGAUCUCCAGAGAGCCAACAGCUUGCAAUUAAGACCUUGUAUGAGAUAGCAUUAGGCAUUGCUCGAGGACUAGAAUACUUGCAUCGAGGAGUAUCUUACAAGUCCGAUGUGUAUAGCUAUGGCAUGAUGGUGUUGGAAAUGAUUGGGGGAAGAAAGAAAGUUAAUGUGGAAGUGUCUCACACCAGUGAAAUAUAUUUUCCAUCUUGGCUGUAUAAGCAGCUUGAAAAGCCCGAGAAAUUGAAUCUAGACCGAGUCAUAGCUGAAGAGGAAGAAGAAAUAACAAGAAAGAUGAUAAUAGUGAGCCUUUGGUGCAUCCAAACAUUUCCAUCAAACAGACCCUCAAUGAGUAGGGUGGUAGAGAUGUUGCAAGGAAGCCUUGAAGCUUUGCCAAUUCCACCCCAAGACUGCUCCACCACAUCAUCAUCAUCAUCCUCAAAUCCAUCCAUAAUGCAGGUUAACUCAUACUCUUCAACUUCAGACUUUGUUUAGUUAAAAUCAUUGUUAACAAUUUGGUCUUCAAUUUCUUUCUAAUUUUAACAACUUGUUUGAGACGAAAUGCUGUGGGUUUCGGAGCACCUUUGAGAUCAACUUCACUAUUUGGUACCUACUGUGUAAUCUCCAAUCAUAAAUUAAAAGGCUUUGUUGUAGUGCGUUUGACUUCUUUUUCUAAUGGAGUGUUCAAGAUAUGAUUUAUCUAUUUGUUCAUAUGGAUGAUCAUGUGUUGAAGAUAAAUGGAACAGUGCAGCAAGGUGACUCUGUUCAUGUGCACUGUUCAUGUCCAGUUGAGUUUCAUCAAUUGGUUGAGAAGUUUUUUGUUUGGUUUUCACUGUAAUUCUCAUGUUCAUUGAUGUUAAAUAUUUCCAUCAAAUGUAUGAUUUGGCUUUAAUUGUAUCCAAGUAACAUGUUCAUUGCUUUAAGGGGUUUAUAUUAUUAUUCAAAUAUAUUAAAUGAACACUA